AUGUGUGACUACCAUAAUGCUAAAAUUAAGUCAAGGCGAGGUGCUUCUAGAAGGUGGCAAAACCAGAGAUCUGCGCUGAUGCCAAGCCAACAGGGAGCAAAGUUGCCUCCGCCUUCGCUGGCCCAUGUCAUUGCUGUGGCUAUGAUGGUACGAUUCAUUGUUAUGGCGGCCAUAUGGACAGCCAUAUUCUUAACUUCGCUACUCAACCAUGAAGUUUCAAUGUCUUCAACAGACAGUUACUGUGGCCCAUGUCCUAAAAGCUGGCUAUGUUAUAGAAACAAUUGCUACCAAUUUUUCAAUGAGAGAAAAAACUGGUACCAGAGCCGGGCUUCAUGCAUGUCUCAAAACUCCAGCCUUCUGAAGAUUUAUAGCACAGAAGAUCAGGACUUCCUUAAACUCGUGAAGCCCUAUCAUUGGAUGGGAUUGGUCCAGAUUCCAGCAAAUGGCUCCUGGCAGUGGGAAGAUGGCUCCAUCCUUUUACCCAACCAAGUAACAAUAGUGCAAAUGGAGAACUCCACCUGCGCUGUCUAUGGCUCAAACUUUAAGGGCUAUACAGAAAACUGCUUCACCCCAAACACAUACAUCUGCAUGAAGAGCGUCGUGUAA